GUGGCGUGCGUGCGGUGAUAUUUGUUCUGGUUCGAAAUUCUGGUUUAAAAUUGAAAGAUGACAACUGGUACAAGUUCCACUCACAAGGCUAAGGAUGGAGAAAAUAAUAAUGAGAGGCCAAUCCGAACUGGUGAGAAAAGAAAAAUCGGCUCACAUCCCAAUGUAUCAGAUACAAAUGGUCUCAGAAGGUCUCUUAGAGAGAAACCAUCAAAGAAGAUGAUUUCAAACCCUUCAAGUACUCGAAAAUCUGAGCGACUUGGAAAGGGAACACCGACAACUCCUGCAGUUAGAAGGAAAUCUGAAAGACUUGAGAAACAGAAGAUACCAAGUCCUUUGAGGAGAUCUGGAAGAAAGAGUAACUCUUCUUCGAGUCCUUCGGAUUCUAAAAGCUCAGGGUCAUUGAGGUCAAAGCAGAAACAGAAGAAGGAAAAGAGCGUGAUACAAUUGACUUCUGAAUCAAAGGAAAUAAGAAAAUAUGAGGAACUUGAUCUGGGAACUUCCCCUGUUAGUACAAAGAGAAUGAACUCCCGUAUGUACCGGUCAAUGUUCAGGAAACCAAAGAAAGGUGAUACAACAUUACAGAUGUUAGUGUCAAGGAAUUCCAUACUGGCUGAAGAUUUAGUUUCUAACAUUGUUGGGCAUGACAAGGGUGAAAAAUUAGCGCCUUCUAAUAGCAAGGGAGUCAAGGUGGGCACGGAUUCAGAUGUUUCUGCUGCAUUGGCUAAUGAUGAAAAUAGCAACUUGAUUCCCGAUACUAGCUCUUCAAGGCUAGGUGGGAAUAUUAUGGGGAUGGAUGCUUCAUGUUCCAAACGAAUAAGGUUGGAUGGUAAUCCUACAGUUAAUGAGUCACGUAACCCUUCUGCAGAGCUUCAGGAUGGAGGUGAUACUGAUGCAAGCAUGCUGCAGAAGUGUAGUCCUGCAAGACUAGCAGAAGUUUCUAAAAAUUUAUGCCUUAUUUGCAACAGGGAAGGACAGUUAUUAUUUUGUGGUGGAAAAGAAUGCAAUGGAUGCUACCAUCUUUCUUGUCUUGAACCUCCCUUGCUGGAUGCUCCCCUGGGAGUUUGGUAUUGCCAUUUGUGUGUAAGGAAGAAGAUUGAAUGUGGUGUAUAUUCAGUGUCAGAGGGAGUGGAAUCAGUUUGGGAUGUCAAAGAAGUACCAUUUUCAAAUGUUGAUGGAUUUAUGGCUCAGAAGGAAUAUCUUGUUAAAUAUAAAGGCCUUGCUCAUGUCCACAAUCGUUGGCUGCCAGAAAAUCAGUUACUUCUUGAAGAUCCUUCGCUGCUUAUGAAAUUUAAUCAGAAAGUUCAGAUCCUAAGGUUGAAGCCAGAAUGGAGUUUACCACAUCGUCUGCUGCAGAAGAGAGCGUUAAUCAGUGGUAAACAUUUUGAUGAUCACGGGAAUAAACAUGCAGUUGAUAACUUUGACUGUUGCUAUGAAUGGCUUGUGAAAUGGCGUGGUCUUGGUUAUGAGCAUGCUACAUGGGAGUUGGACAAUGCUUCAUUUCUUUGUUCACCUGAAGGCCAAAGCUUAAUCAGAGGCUAUGAAUGGCGUUUCCAGAGAGCAAAGAGAAUUUCUUCUUGCUCCAAAUUAAAUAAGAAACCACACCGCGGAAGUUCUGUUGAUAAACUAUCUCAGUUGCCUGGUGGAGUUUCUUCUGGAUUUGGUAACAACAGUUUGUUGGAUGCAGUUAACAAGCUACGUGAGCAUUGGCACCAGGGUCAGAAUGCCAUUGUAAUUGAUGACCAUGAACGAAUUUUGAAAGUAGUUGCAUUUAUCUUAUCGUUGCACUUUGAUACUUAUCGACCUUUCCUCAUCAUCACAACUGCUGCUUCUCUCCAUUCAUGGGAGGGCGAGUUUUACCAGUUGCAAUCUACAGAUGUUGUUAUCUACAAUGGAAACAAAGAGACGCGUAAUAGCAUUAGGAAAAUUGAAUUUUACGAUGAAGGACGGUGUAUACUCUUCCAAGUUCUCAUAAUUGUUCAAGAGAUCCUCAUUGAGGAUAUGGAGGUUUUGGGAGGCAUAGAAUGGGAAGCAAUCAUUGUGGAUGAGUGCCAAUCGCCUAAAAUCUCUUCUUAUGUCACACAAAUUAUGAUGUUAAACACACAUUUGAGGGUUCUUCUUUUCCGAGGCCAACUAAAGGAUAGCAUUGUAGAAGAUAUUAUGACUCUUCUUGAUCAUCAAAAUGAUUAUGAAAAAGAUGGUUUAAUAUCUAAUUCCAAUAACAGUAUUGUUCAACUGAAGGAGAGGUUGUCAAGUCAUAUUGCAUAUAGAUGCAAGUCUUACUCCUUUAGGUUUGUUGAGUAUUGGGUUCCUGUACAGAUAUCUCAUGUUCAGCUUGAGCAAUAUUGUGCUACUUUACUUUCAAAUGCUUCAAUUCUUCGCUCAUCGUCAAAGAUCGAUAGUGUUGGGGCCAUUCGUGAUGUCCUUAUUUCAAUCCGGAAGUGCUGUAAUCAUCCCUAUACUGUUGAUCCAUCCCUGCAACCUUUGCUUACCAAGGGCCUUGAAGUGGUUGAGUAUCUGGAUGUUGACAUAAAAGCAAGCGGCAAGCUGCAACUUCUCGAUUCAAUGCUCAUGGAAUUGAAAAAAAAUGAUUUAAGGGUACUCAUUCUUUUUCAGUCUAUUGGAGGUUCUGGAAGGGAUUCAAUCGGAGAUAUUUUGGAUGAUUUCCUGCGACUAAGAUUUGGUUCAGAUUCUUAUGAACGGGUUGAUAAAAGUCUUUCGGUUUCCAAGAAGCAAGCUGCCAUGAAGAAAUUUAACAACAAGAAUGAUGGACGGUUUGUCUUUUUGUUGGAAACAUGUGCUUGCCUUCCAAGCAUCAAAUUAUCAUCAGUUGAUACUAUUAUUAUAUUUGAUAGUGAUUGGAACCCAAUGAAUGAUGUAAGAUCCCUUCAGAAGAUAGCACUCGAUUCACAGUUUGAAUUGAUAAAAAUAUUCCGUUUAUAUUCAUCUUUCACAGUUGAAGAAAAAGCCUUAAUCCUUGCAAUGCAAGACAAGACACUUGACAUCAAUUUAAAUAACAUAAACCGGAGUAUCAGUCAUAUGCUAUUGAUGUGGGGCUCAUCAUAUCUAUUUGAUGAAUUGAGAGUUUUUCAUGAUGGUGAAACUUCUGUGUCAAGUCUGAAAUCCUUGUUUGAACAACCACUUUUGAAAGAAGCAGUCCAUGAAUUCUCGUCCAUACUAUCUCAGGAUGGUGAAGACACUGACAAAAGCAACUGUUCAUUUUUAUUGAAAGUCCAGCUAAAUGGGGGAAUAUACUGUUCAAAUUUUGGUUUGCAUGGUGAGGUGAAACUUAGGUUACUGGACGAAGAGCCCCCACAUAUUUUUUGGGUAAAACUUUUUGAGGGAAAACAGUUUCGGUGGAAGUACUCAUGCAGUUCGACCCAGCGGAGUCGGAAGAGAGUUCAUUAUUUUGAUGGGUCAGUACAUGGGCCUGAUCUUGUGAGUGAAGGUAUAGCAAAGAAGCGGAGGAAAGUUGGCAACAAUAUUGUUUUUCAGCCUUCUUCAAAAUCUGAAGUUGAAAAGUUAUCCACUGGAAUCAAGGCAGGAACGUCUGGAGAUCUAGUUGAUAGACCUCAAGGUGAUGAUGUUGAAUCUGAGAAAAAAAUUAGACUGCAUGGCGAACAGAGGAGCUUACAUCUUUCGCUGAAGCCACAGAUCACAAAGCUUUGCAAAGUUCUUCUUCUCCCAGAUAACGUCAAGAGUAUAGUCGAUAAUUUUCUGGAAUAUGUUAUGAGCAAUCACCUUGUUAAUUGGGAACCAGUGUCAAUAUUACAGGCUUUUCAAAUAUCUCUGAUUUGGACUGCUGCUUCUAUGCUAAAGCACAAACUUGACCACAAAGCUUCUCUUACACUUGCAAAACAAUAUUUGAAUUUUGACUGUAACAAAAAAGAGGUGGACUACAUUUAUUCUAUGUUGCGGUGUCUAAAGAAAAUAUUUUUGUAUCGUACCGGAAAUUAUAAUGAUACUGGUUCUCCAAAAGCUUCUGAAUCAUCGAACAGGGUUUAUUCGUGUACAGGAGGGGCACGGGAGGUUGAAUUGUUCAAAAAAGAUAUGUCCAAAAGUAUAAAAGAUAUUCGGAAGAAAUGUGAAAAGAAGUUGAAGAAGCUACACCUUAUUCAACAGGAACAGAAGCAAAGGUUCAAAGCAGAUAUUGAGGCUGAAAAGGCUGACUUUGAGAAAAAUUACAAAUUAGAGUUGGCAGUUAUUCGAUCCUGCUCUCCCAAUGAUGUGAUGAGAACACAAAAGCUCAAGGUUUUGAACAGCGAAUAUGAUAAAAAUAUUGUAAAACUGAAAUUUCAGCAGGAAACACGUCUCAAGGAUCUUGAGGACGUGCAAUUAGCUGAAACACUAAAAUUUCAAAAUUGGGAGACCACUUGGGUUCAAGAGGUGGAAUCUUGGGCACAAAAUGAAUUGUCAAACAUUGUUGCUUCAAAGGAACAUGGGACUCAGGUUGAAUUCUUGCAGCCUUUUGAUCAAGUACAGCCUCACAAUGAUCCAAAGAAUCAUUUUGCUGAAGGAAAGGAUCAUGAUAAUAUGGUUGAAGCCAUGACAAGGGACAGGAAUGUGUUUCCUGAAACCAAUUCCCCUGCAGCUGUGCCAUGCAGUAGCACAACUGAGCUGCAAAAUCCUCUUGUCAAGCAUAUUGGUGCUGAUGAAAUGGGCAUUAUGGUUUCAGAAGAUCGACCAGUCUCUAGGAGUGAGGAUCAUAAUAUUGCUAAAAAUCAGUGUUACAGUCAAGGAAAUACUAUCUCUAACCAUUCCCAUUCCAGAAAACAGAAUUCUGGUGGUGCUACAAGAAUGACAGAUGAAGGUAUUGGAUGUGAAUAUUUUAGCCGUGGAUAUCAAGAUGGUUGUAGGGAUGAUGCUGCAACAUUGGUUCUGCCUUCAUCGAAUGGAGAGGUAUGUGAUGGGGAAACAUCAGAUGUUACUAGCAGAGAGGUGGCUCCUGAAGUGUGUAAAACCAUCAGUUCAAAUGAUGGUCAGGACGAAGUUCAUUCUUCUAAGAAGAGGAAACUUGAUGGCUCCGUUAAUGGCACAAAAUUUAUUGCUUCCUUGAAUUCACAAUCACCUGAAAGACAUAUAUCUCGGGGAAAUGCCAUGUGCUUGCCAGAUUCUGAGAAUGCUACACACAUCCAGGAGGCGGAUGACUGUAAUGGUUCAAAUAAUUCUUUCACUCAGAAUUCGCCUUUGUCUGAUGAAAGAAUUGCUGACGGGUCCAUAAUCAGUGUAUUAGAUAAAAAGGCACAUUUGGGUAUGCCUGGGACUUCCAAUGGUACUGAUUGUCCCGAAAAGGUUACUGCUGUUGAUCACCUUUCAUCCAUGGAGCAAAUAUCUGAAGGUUCGAUAAAUGUUCCAGUUUUAGAUAGUGUUUUAUCUUCAAGGCCUUGUCAAGCUGCUAGUCCAAGCAUUAGUCCAGCUACAGUUUCCCUUUUGAAUCCACCUUUGGAGCAACAAAUUUCUGAUGGAGUCUUUUUGAGUAUACCUAAUGGAGAUAUUCCUGUUAUAGUGCCAGAAAAUAGUCAUACAGUGGCUGAUUGUCAUAAUGAUAUAGAAACUUUAAUGAACCCAAUGUUACUGGAUGGAAGUACCACAUCAGACCAGCAGGAAGGAGUACGCAGAACCAUGAUAGAACAGAAUACUGCUGAUGCCACUGAGCCACUUGAACAAAUGCUGCAAUUAUCAUCUCUAGAGUUCCCUCCUGACCAGAAUACAGCUGGGGAAAUGCAGAAUUCUUUGGAACAAGUAGAGCUGGUUUCCAGUCCUGUUAAUGUUCUACCAGCCAAUCAAUCCAAUCAUGUUUCACUGAUCACGAAUCCUUCAGAGCAGGUGCAGCAAUUCCCAUCUGCAGAGCUCCCUUCUUUCAACCUGGAUCCAUCUAAUUUUCCUCUGGCAACUGAAGUUGAACAUCAGCCAAUUAAUGAAGUCAAUCUCCCAAGCCAUGAUCCUGAGGCAUCAACUGUGGUUCCAAAUCAAGAUGUAGUGCAACCAGACUCAGCAUCGGAACAUGAUUCACAUUUGGUUGUGCACCCUGACACAAGACAUUUGUCAACUCCUAUGCAAACUGCAAUUCAUUCAGCUUACAGAAUGCUUCCACAUUUGAGCUAUGAUCCACUUGAAAAUGAAUUGGAAAGAAUACAAAAAGUAACGGAACAAAUUAUGAAAAACCAUGAAGAAAUGAAAUUGCAGUUGAAAUCUGAUUUUGAGAAGGAAUUAGAUGAACUUCGCAGGAAGUAUGAUAUUAAAUCUCAGGAGAUUGAAGUGGAGUUUCUGCAAACCAAGACCACCCUGGAUACAAAUCUUAACAUAGUUCUUGUGAAUCAGUUCUUGGCAGAUGCUUAUAGGUCUAAAUGCUUGGAUCGUAAAGCAUCUAGUGCAUUAGGAAUGCAUCAAGAUUCGAGUUUGGGACAGCAGCAGUUUCAGCUUUCAAGGCGGCAAAGUGAUUCUCGGCUCCCCCUGGAUACUGGCCCAUCUUCCUGUGGGCCUCCUGCAACGAGUCUGCAGAGUCCCUCCACUAGGGCUAGCUCUCAGCAAAUGGCACCGCAUAUACAGGCUGGUUAUAGUACGUCAGGAGUUUUCUCCAAUGUUUCUGCAGGACUGCCUCUAUUCAACUCCAUCACCUCCCCCUCAGGAAAUAUUCAUGAUGGUGGUGAGAUACGCGCCCCUGCACCACAUCUCGUGUCUUGUAGACCCCCAACAUCUGUACCAGCCUCAAGUUUACAUGCUCUUCCGCAUGGAAUGCCAGCACGUAGUAACCUUCCUGCAGCUUCUCAUGGUCCACCUCACUGGAAACAAACAACGUUUCAGUCUGAUCCUCUUAUGGGGCGCCUGCCUGAUAGCGCAGGUGGGUUACCCGCUCCUAACUCUUCUAUAAAUGUACAAAAUGUUUUGUCAGAUGUGGCUUCAGUGAACCUACCAAGAUUUGGCACCAGCAGUAGUAUGCUGGCUAACUCCCAUCAACCUGCAUCUCCUGAUUUAGUCUGUUUAUCAGAUGACGACUAACUAGAGAAAGUAUUUUGUAUAGUUAUCCUAACACCAGGCCAUGAUAUAGGUUUUUUUUUUCUCUCUGAUGGGAAUUCUUACAUGAAUUCCCGUGCCAUUAGUUUACCUCUUAUUUUUUGCAACGCUAUGUUAUAAUUAU